AAAAGAGGAGCCACCCAACAGGAGAAGGGGACGCGGGUCUCUCGUCUCUUUUUCCUUUUCUUUUUCUUUUCUUCUUCUUCUUCUUUCUUUUCUUUCUUCUUCGGCCCUCACUUUACUAAACCCACGGGGGCCGGACUUUCACCGGAAAAUCGCGCCAAUCGCGACGUCAUUUCAUCCCACUACCACCAUAGCCACCAAGCGCAGUUGACCGGUGACCCACCCACGGCGAGAUCACUCCGAAAGACCACCUAACGCGCCGGGAAAGAGCUGAACUCCGUGUUUUGGUCCCCUUGUCGGAAAGCAAUGGGUUCUAGGCCUAGGGGCCGACCCUUUCCACCGUUAAGGGACCUGCUGAUCUUGAGUGCAAGCUUAGAUUGGCUCAAAGCUUGCUAGGCUGCGAAGAACGAAGGGAUCCACAUUCAUAGCAACUUUCAGGCGGAGAUUUAGGUCGCUAGCAGCCACCGUUGAGCAAACGUUAGAUCACCCUGCCUUUGUGGUUCUUCGCAUAUAUAAACAAACGAUCUCCAAUAUUGUCUUAUAAAGCAUUCCAACUUCAAAGCUUUCGUCAAAGUUUUGAGAGUGUCAAAGCCUCAAAAAGCUGAAAUGGCUUCCAACGUGUUUGGCAUCCCCAUCACGAACCAAACAUUAGAGGCGAUGCCGAAAUAUCAAGGGAAGGAGAUAACGGCAACAGACAGAGCUUAUGAAGCUCUGCUAAUGAAAAAUGCAGACGACAAAGAUGUGAACGCCCGGAAAUUCGUUGAGAGCUUGAAGCCAAAAUAUAGUGUUGUAGUAGUCACCACGGCUUGCUUGAUUUACAACGCAACAGGAAACAGAUUAACAUAUGUUGGGUCCCAUGAUUGGCAAGGGCAUAUUGGGGAUUCUCCAUACCCAUUGGUGCUCGAAAAUGGUCAAUGGGGUGCAUUUCUUCAUGUCCAGAGUAUUCCAUCGUUUACUGGAUCCAUUGGAGCCACCAUAUAUCGUGGCCAGGAUGAGAAUGGAGAUGCUUCUGACUGGAUGUUGGCUUGGUACAAUCCAUGGGAUAGAGCGCUCGACCACAACCGUGUAUGUACUGAGAUUCGUGUAGCUGAUCACUGCAAGGGAAUUGAUUGGAGCAGUAUUUAUGAUAAUAAGUUAAGCAAGUUUGACCAAUAUAGCAACGAAACGUGGAACGGAUGCUAUUCAAGUGUGAUUACCGGCUACUCUGAUGUUAUAGAUGUGAACACGGCCAAUAGGAUUUGUCCUAUAUUUGAGGGAAUAAUGACUCUUAAAAAUGCUUGGAUACAAUGAAACAUUAAAUAAUGAAAAUAAUGCUACUUAAAUGGGAUCGCAGUUUAUGUGUGGUAGCACUUGUAUUUUAAAAAGUAUGAAUUCUGGAAAAUGAGUGAAUAAUGUGUUUCCUCUUCUUUCUUUUAUUAAAAAAAAAUAAAAAUUAUAUAUGUAUUUUAAGGAAUAAGAUUUUAUAGAAACCAUGACUGAAAUAGAAUCUUUUAUUUUUUGU